GGGUGUGGCACUGGUGUGCGGGUUGUAGUCGUGUAUGUGUCAGACGCCAGGCUGCAGUACCGCUCUCUACAGAGAGAUCGUGAGAAUAUGCUAAAUCUUAGGGCGGAAUAGGUCUGUGUUAGCCGUCAGUGAGUUACAGUAUUUGCUAGCUACUUCCCGGCGGAAGAGUUCCUCUAUCGCGAGGUGGCCCACAUUCAUGGCCUCUGGACGUGGCCAGGCGGCAGGUUUGGGUGAGAAAGAUUUAGGGACUUUACACAGUGCUCUGUAUCCAGCAAGAAGCAGCUACAAAUCUUUUGCCAUACAAAUCGGGGUGAAGAUAGGGGAAAUCAACAAUAUUGAAGGGAAGUAUGCUGAUCACAGCGACCGAUUGCUUCAAAUACUGUCGGUUCGUCUAAAGAAAGCAGAGCCUCUCACAUGGAGUGAUAUAGACACAGCUCUCAGGUUAGACUGUGUAGGUGAGAGUAGGACAGCCGAUAGCAUCCGACAGAGUAAAGAGGGUUCAGAUGAGGCGGUACGUAAGAGAGUAGAAAGAAAGAAGGACCGAAAAAAGGUACACAAUGUAGAGGUGGCAUCUCCUCGGAGCUUCAGAGAAGAAGUAACAAAACCGUCAGUGAAGAGGAAAGCCUCUACAGGGGUAUGGCCACAAGAGAAAAAGGGGAAGAAAGGAGACUACGAGAAGGAAAAGAUAAUCACAUCUUUAGAUGAACCAGAAGUGUAUGAAAGAGAUGAACUGAAGGCUAAAUACAAACAUAAAGCAAAAGAAAAAUCAGUUGAUUCAAAUGAUGAAAAAACUAAAACGAAAUCUAGCAAACAAAAAUCCCCAAAAGAAACAUCUGACACUGAAUCAUCCGCUACUAAAAGUGGGAAUGAAGAAAUGGUUAGUUCACCAUUUCACAGUAAGACAAGGGGAACAAGAGCUCAAUACACGCAGAGCAAAUCAGAAAUGAAAGGUAGUGGAAUAUCACGGAAAGAAAAAAGUAUAAAACGUCGACAUGAAAGUGCUGCCUCAGCUACAAGGUAAGUGGAAAACCUGCUCACAAAUCAAAAUCAAAAUCAGAAAUAGAGUUCGAGUCUUUUGCCUGUAAUAGUGACGAAGUAAGUGAAGACGUACAUCUUGAAUGUACAGGAAAGGCAACACAUGUUAAGCCGUCUAUCACAUGCAUGGAACGGAAGAUAUCUCUCAUAAAAGAUUUAAAUCUUGAGAAGGAAAAGAGAUCAGGUAAAAAAACACAAAUGUCAGCUAAGAAAUAUGAAUGUGUUUCCCCUUGUCUUAUGAAAGAGAAAGAAAGGAAGAGACCUGUCAAAGUCAGUGAUAAAGCAAACCCCUUGGGCACAAAAAAAAUCAAACCACCAAAAGAAAGUGGGAUAGAAAGACAAAGCUUGUCCAAGAAAGUCGAGAAAGUUGCAGCUCAGCUUUCAGACACAUCUGAUUCAGACAGCAGUCAGAACGACUCAGAAGAUGAAGAAUCGUAUUUUUCAGAUGUUAGCAGUGAGUGCGAGAGAGACUCGGAAGAAAUGCCAUCAAAUGAGGAGGAGGAAACAGAGCCUACCACUAGUGAAGAUGAAGUAAAGAAGCACGAGAAAAGUAUGCUUCCCAUUGGUGAAAUAAGAGAGAGAGUGGUGGGCGCAAAUUUCCCAGGGGGUGAUGAUCAAUCAGAUCCCGGUGAUAGAGGCAGGGAUCAGAAGGUACUUGAUAGUCAAACACAGAAAAGGAGAGUGCGAAAGCGCAGGGAGAGAAGUAUGAGCCCCAUUGCCAGAGUAAGCUCCUCCCCCUCCACUUCACAAGAGGAGAAUCGAACAAAACUUGGCCCGCAGAAGAAAAAGAGGAAAAUAAGUUACAAAAGGAAAAGGAGAAAAGAAGUAAAAAGUUUACCCAACUGCUCUGGGACUGAUGACUCUUCACCAGCAUGUGACAUGAUCGAAUCUCAAGCUGACAAAGCAAAUGAACCUACAAAUAUUUUUGAACGUUUUUACGGCAAACUGUGCUGUGCAAUCAUAAACCCUGAAGAUAUAGCUGCUGAGUUGCUGAACAAAGGUCUGAUAUCAAAGUCAGCGAUGAAGGAUAUAUUCAAGUCUCCUGAAUCUAAGCAGGUUAAGGCCGUUAAUUUAGUUGACACACUUGAUGAGAAAAUAAAGUGUCAUCCUGAAUCUCUCUUUGUGUGUAUUGAAGUAUUGUUGAAGAAUGAAGCUCUACAGAAAGUUGGCAGGGACAUGUUAAGAGAAGCAGAGAAAAGUCCUGAGCAAACAGCCUCUGUGUUUGGCAGUCAAACAACACUGAGUCAGGAGCAGCUAGGUGUGGAAUCAGUCUUGGGAAAUAAAAAUGUCUGACACAGUCAGCCCAGCACCUAUUAGCGGUAUAUCAUCCCCUUUUGGAGUAAGUCACUUUGUACAUCAACCAGGUGUUAUUCCAGCGUUGGCAAGGUAUAAAGUGUACUUGCAGUCUUGUUACAAUGCUAGAAAUCUAGCUGCUGCAGACAAGUACCUUCCCACUCUCAAUGCCCCCUAUAUUAAUCUUGCCAUUGUCAGUAGGGAUUUUAUAAAACGAGACGAAUUCACUAAACAAACACUGCAUGGAGGUGUAGACCAGAUUCUUAAGAGCAAGAUACCUAUCAACAUCGAAGACCUGCUAACCCUAGAAGACGGUGGUAAACCUGUUAGGUUUGUUCUGGUAGAAGGUCCUCCAGGAAUUGGUAAGAGUACCUUUGCUUGGGAGGUAUGUAGGAAAUGGGAUGAGAUAGAA